AAUCCGCCUGAAAAUGCCGGGACUGAGCCUAAAUCCCUUGGGGAUUCAACCAAAGCGCCCAAAUCCAUCCAGCAGCGUCCCCCAGAAGCGCUCCUUAGGCUCAACCAGCGCAAACUGUCCGUCUCUGGCGGGAGGCAUCGCCGCCAUUUUGGGUGAGGGCAGCUCCGCCCGCCCCUCAGAGCGCUCCGGUUCCUGCAUAAAUCCGGCCUGGAACGGCGGAAUCCGCCUGGAAAUGCCGGGACUGAGCCCAAAUCUACUGGGGAUGGAUCCUAAAUCCCCUGGGAUUCAGCCAAAGCGCCCAAAUCCAGGAGCUUCCCGUGGCACCAUGGCAACAUGACUAUUCUGAGCCCAGGUUAUCCAGACACCUCGCCCCACCCCGCCUUUUUCCGACCCUCCCUGAGGCGGCUCCGCCAUUUUCUCGGCGCCGUGCCCGGGGCCGGUUCUGGGCCGGGACCGGCGCCCGUGCCGGGGCUCCUUCGCCAGCGGAGCGUCCCUGAGGUGUCCCCAAGGUGUCCCCAGUGAGCAUGGAGCCCCAAGAGCUGUCCCCGGCCCUGCUGCAGCCACAGGUCACUGUGGUGGCCAUCCUGGGCGAGCUGCUGGCCACCCUGCCCAGGCGGGACAAGAUGAUGCUCGUGUCCACAGCGGACUUGUACUGGGACCUGGUGAACUUCACCAAGGACCUCUGGGUCACCCUGUCCUGCAUUGAUGGCACCUGGUGGCGACAAAUUGUCACCUCCGAUGAUGAUGACGCUGUCACCUCCCUGAGCCAGACCCUGGCCAACUAUGAGAGCACCCCAGGGACCACCUGGGACGAUGUGACAAUGGCAGCCAGGAAGUGGCACCGGUCGGUGUCUGUGCUUGUGCACAGCUGGGCCGAGCUGGCCAGGAAGGCCACCCAGCUCCACGACACCUGCAUGGAGGUGGUCACCGAGGUGGCCGACAUGGCGGCCAUCGCCACCGCCCGAGCGAGGAAGCUGCAGCGCAGGGCUGGCCGUGAUGGGACAGCUCAGGAAAACACGAUGGAGCUGGGUCAGGCCCUGGGCGAGGAGGAGGAUUGGUGGUGUAAAGCCCGGGCGAGGAGAGAGGCCAUGGUGGCUGCCAGCAAGGCAGCGAGGGCCAGCGUGGUGAGAGAGGACGUGGAGGCGGCCCUGGGGCUGCUGGAGCGCUUGGUGGCCGCGUGUGACGAAGCCACCGCGUUCCCCCGGGAGCUGCAGCGCAGGGUUGGGGACAUCAAGGCCGCCAUGGAGGGGACAAAGGAGAAAUUCUAUGAUGUCCCCGAGGACUUGGUGGCCAAGGUGGCCGUGGCCGAGCGGCUGUGGGAGGCCAACGCCCGCCUGGCCAAGGAUCACCUGCUGGGGACAGUUGGCAACAUCGUCAGGUUCUAUUUCGAUGGUGCUCCCGCCAGCCCCUGUGCCUGUGGGGUGGCCGAGCGGUGCCAAAGAGCCACCGAGGACAUCCCAAGGCUCCUUCGACCUGCAGAGCGUCCCCAGAGCGUCCCCAAAGCGUCCCCAGUGUCCCCUCCGCAGCUGCAGGCGCUGGUGGCCGUGGUGGCCACCCUGGGCAAGGUGGUGGCCGCCGUGACUGGGCCACACAGGCCCGAGUGCCCGCGCAAGUGCCCAGAGUCCCUGCAUGAGGACCUGAAGAACUUCACCCGGAGCCUCCGUGCGAUCCUGAACCACGGCGGUGUCACCUCCCUGGGCCACCCUGGUGUCCCCUCUGUGUGCCGGGCCCUGGCCACCCUCUGGGCCACCCCUGGGGCCACCUGGGCCGAUGUGAGAGCCGCGGCCAGCGCCUGGCGGGAGUCGGUGGCCAGGCUUGUGGAACGCUGGGACUGGCUGGCCAGGGAGGCCACCAAGCUCCGUGAGAAGGUGGUCACGGAGCAGCAGCUGAUGGUGGCCCUGGACAGGGAGGAGGUGGCCGGGGAAAUGGCCAUGCUCGAUGCCCUGGUGGCGGCGGCCACCAACGAGGCCAUGGCAGAGGCUGUGGCGGCCACCAGGAGGGGACAUUGGGCAGUGGUGGCCCUGGGGCUGCUGCCGCGCUUGGUGGCCACGUGUGACAGAGCCACCUUGUUCAGCUGGAACAUGGAGUGGCAGCUCAGGGACAUCGAGGCCAUCCUGACGGGGACAAACGAGGUGUCCCCUGAUGUCCUCCAGGCCUUGAUGGCCAAAGUGGCCAAGUUUGAGCAGCUGUGGGAGGCCAGCACCCGCCUGGCCAAGGAGCACCUGCUGGGGACACUUGAGGUCAUUGACAAUCUCCUCUUGAGUCCCUGUGGUGACCGUGGUGGUCCCGGUGGCCCCGGCAGCCGCGCGGUGGCCGAGCGGUGCCACAAAGCCAUCGAGGACAUCCCGAGGCUGCUGCAGGAAAGUUUCACAUAG